AUGGCCGCCACCAGCAGCGCAUGCCCAUUCUUCGACAAGCUUCCCGCCGAGCUCAGACUGGAGAUCUAUGAACUCUCCUUCAAGCCAGCAUCAACGGAGGAUGAAGUCGACUUGUGUGCAGUCAACCCACCAAGCAAAAGCUUGCUUCUCACAUGCGGUAAAGCAUACAACGAAGCUCAAGCCAUCUUCAAGCAAGCUCAUCGCCAACACUGGUCUUCCAGUAACUUCACCAUGAGCUUGUCUGGUCCAGCCUCACAAAAGAAAGAAAACCGGAAGCACGCAUUGCUCGCAUUGGCCGCUCUCCGGGGAGAGGAUCUGCAGCACAUCGUGCACCUGACCAUCAUCCGCGAAGAACUUUCGACAGGAGAGGAGGGAACGAACAUGAAGUUACUCGAUCGACGAGGUAGUUGGAAAUGUACUUGGCUCUACGACGGCGGAACCGAGGACAAUCUGUAUUUCGUAUUGAAGCCAGGGGUACCCUACAGCGACUGGCGCGACUUCGAGGUGGAGGAUAUGGUUGAGUGGCAUGCCAACAAUUGGGAGACUGAGAGUAUGCCAGUGAAACAACAGAUCACGAAAGUGAUCCAGGUCCUUUUCUAG